UGCACCCACACGCGACAGUCCCAGACUCCUCCAAUACGGGAACCCGGCGCUCCCUCCCCACAGCCCUGGUGCCGCCCCCCUCCCCUCCCCGCAGCUUCCGUCUCGCACCUCGCGACGCGGCCGUUAACCGCCGCCACGGGCCGUCUCCGCCGAACCCCGGAUUGUCGGAGCGGGCAGGGAGGCAAUCUAUCUAGGGUUCCCGAUGGACGGCGCGGAGCGGACGUUCAAGGCCAACUUCAGCGCCGAGGGGGUGGCGCUGCUGCGGGAGCGCGUGAGGGGGAAGCUCAAUGAGGUCCUCAAGGAUUACACUGACGACACCCUCGUGGAAUAUGUCGUGGUAUUACUCAGAAACGGAAGAAGGAAGGAUGAGGCUGCAAAAGAGCUGAAGGUUUUCUUGGACAAGGACAAUGAUGCAUUUGUAUCCUGGUUGUGGGAUCAUCUCUCUUCAAAUUUGCACCUUUAUGUGCAGCCCAAAGCUGUCUCUACUAAUGAUGAAUCUAAAAAUACCCGCAGUACUGCUAGAGGAUUGCCUAUACAUAGUUCGUCUAGCAAUAUACAGACUAGUCGUGAACCUGAAGCUGAAACUCAGAAAACAGCGAGAGUUCAACAGAAAAGGGAAUGGGGAGGAAUCGUUCGAGAACAAUCAGAAGCUGUUCCCAUUCGAAAUUUUGUAACUCCUGUUUCACAUGCAGAGGAAAAACCUUAUCCUAAAUCACAUGCUGUAAGACGAUCCUCCUCACCUGACAUGCAUCACCAUAGAAAGAGAGGCAGAGAGGAGGACACACGGCCAAUCAAGAGAACAUCCCAUCAAGUCAUCAGUGCACCACGCCGUCUCCUUCAGUUUGCUGUCCGUGAUGCUGUGGCCCAGCCCAUGACCCCUAGAUCAGAAUCAUCUUCCAAGCGACUUCGUUCGGUGGUGUCCACCAUAGAAACAGAUCCAGCAGUAAAUGGUAGGUUACAGAGAACAAAGUCUGAUGUGAGAGUACCAGUUGCCACAGCGGCAUUCAGAGCUGCAGCUGAGGCUGCUGAAGAUGUUCUUAAGGACAGAUAUUCUGAAAGUGUAUUUGACAGAUUGGGUAGGAGGCCUCUGCUGAGUGCUACUGAAGAACCAUUUGAUUUCAGAGAACAAGAUCCAGAAGAUGGAGAAUACGAGGAUAUACAUAAUUCCAGAGCAGAAAAUCAAAUUGAACUUCAUGAGAGAAAUCAGUAUGUUGGCAGCGAUACUCAUAUGUAUGACCAGGAAACAGUGAAAGCUGCUCGUUCUGCAUUUGAUAUUGAUCGGUAUGAUGAUACCGUUGCAGUUAGGCAUAAAGGUUUGGUUUCUUACCGAAGUACAUACCCUUCUAGUGGAGGCAAAGAAUCAUUAGUAUUGGGGUAUAACAUGGUACAAGGAGCUGCUGAAGUAAGAAGCAGAAAGUCAAUAGCACAAGACAGACAUGCUAGUUCAGGACCAAGACCAUCUGAAAAGGACUUGUACAUAUCUACUAAUACAAGGACUCCACUUAACCAUGGAACAGCAAGGAAUGCUGGCACACUUGUGCCUCAAGUGCCCGUGGAGAAGAAAUGUAUUGGCCCAAGAGAAUCUAAUGCGACGGUUGCACAUGCUAAUGAUACACGCAUGACUGAUAAUUCCAAAGACUCAGUGCAUUCAAGUUCGUUUGUCGAGACACCGAAGGCUUCAUCAGUUGCUGGUGGAUCACACUCUACAGGUCAACCUGAAGGUGGCCCUGAUUCUAGAACUGUCUUUGUUAACAAUGUACACUUUGCUGCAACAAAGGAUGCUCUUUCUCGUCAUUUCAAUAAAUUUGGGGCUGUGCUAAAAACUCUUAUUGUGACUGAUGGUGUCACUGGACAGCCAACAGGCUCAGCAUACAUUGAGUUCUUGCAAAAAGAAUCAGCAGAGCAGGCGCUAACCCUGAAUGGGACAUCUUUUAUGUCGCGCAUUUUGAAGGUUGUUCGAAGAAGCUCUGUUGAAGUGCCUCAACUGCCUGGUUGGUCUCGUGCUUCUCGUGGAUCACCGUUUGCUUCAAGGCUCAUUAGAACCGCAUACCCAAGACCAAUGUUUCCUGGUGCUAUCCGUGGGCGUUUAGCACUCAGAGGUAAUGCUCGGAGUUUACAAUGGAAGCGUGACGCUGCUGAUUCCAUUGAUGCCGGAAAACCUAGUCAAACUACACCUGUCACUCCUGGGAGUCAGAUGGUCUCGGCCACACGAAGCUUCACUUACACACGCACUGAGCCGAAACAGGAUGUUGGUGCGGCUGCAAGCAUUUGAUUGGCUCGUCCACAGCAUGCUGUUGCUCUUGAUGAAACUCGCAGAUGUAGCUUAAAAUUCGUGGCCACUUCAUAGUUUAGCGUCUGUUGGUAAAUAGGAGUACUAUUUAGUUGCAGAGCUUAGUGCUUGCUGGUUUUGCGGAACUGAACAUUUGAGCCAUAUUCUGCGAGUGAUUUUGCUGCCCCAUCGGCGAGGAUGCUGUGAUGCCUAUGCUUAGUUUGUGUAGUUGGAAAGUAUAAAAUAUGAGGCUGUAAAAUGUUAGGCACGCUUAAAUAUUCGUCACCAUUAUUAUAUUUUGUCAGCUUCCACGGUGUACUCUUUAAAUAUGUAAACCCAGGACUUUUAGGCCUUUCAAUAUGUCGUCUUUGUAUGA